GUGGACUGCCUCGCUGGUGGCCUGGACGACGAGGAGGCGGAGCAGCAUGUGGCGCCGUCCCUGGAUCGCCGCCUGAGGAAGCUGAAGGAGGAGGUCAACAGUGUGUCCAGGACUCUCGCUGAGAACCUUCACCACGUCGUCGAGGCGAGUGUCGGCACGGCCGUUGCGACGUAUCUGGAGGAGCACGGCGCCCCCCCCCGCGCCCCGGCCGCCCUCCCGGAGGGCCCGGGGCCCCUGCCAGGCGACACGGAGAAGCGGCUGGAGGGGAAGUUUGAGCUCCUGUGCCGCGGCCUCUCCGACAGGCUCGACGCGCUCGGCCAGCGGGCGGACGCGGACGGCAAGGCGGCCGCGGCGGCGAGGCAGGCGCAGGAGGCGCGGGGCGCAGACAUCCGCGAGCUCCAGGCUGGCGUGCAGGAGACCCGCGAGCUGUCCGAGGCCAGCGCCCGCAAGCUGGGCCAGGCGCAGGCCGACCUGCGGCAGCUGGAGCAGCAGGUGCAGGACCUCGGCAGGAGGCAGAUCGAAGGUGCUCGAGCUCGCGACCUGCAGGACAUGUCCUCCGCUGUCCGAGGGCAGGUCGAUUCCGUGCAGGAGCGGCUGGAGAGGCUGACCAAGGACGACUGCCUCCAGGCGCAGCGCGCCGCGGACGAGGUCCGCUCGGACCUGCAGGCGGAGGCCGGCAGGCUGCGCGCGGAGGCUCGGCAGCAGGAGGCGGAGCGGCGCUGGGAGCAGGCGCGGCGCCCGGAGCCCCAAGGAGCGGAGCAGCUGCGGCAGGAGCUGCAGGGCCUCGCCGAGCAGCUGCAGGCGUUGCUGUCGGAGGGGGCGCGCCGCGAGCAGCGGGCCCUGGAGGUGGACGCGCGCCUCGGCGAGCUGGCGGAGGCGCAAGCGACGGCCGAGCAGCGCCUGGAGCAGCGGCUGGAGCAGGGGCUGCACCAGCGCUUUGCCGAGGUAGAGGACCGGCCCCGGCCGGUCUCGACGGCAGGGCCGAGUCCGGCUUGUUGGGGGGAGAGAG